AAAAUUCCUCUGUUUUCUCUUUCACGUUUGGGAUCUCAGUUUGUUCCUUCGAGUUCGAAUUAGGGUUCACUCUUCGUCUCGCGCUCGCGCUCGGGGCGGCGAAAAGUGAUUCGAUCGCCAUGAAGCUGACGGUGAAGACGCUCAAGGGCACCCACUUCGAAAUCCGAGUUCAGCCCAAUGAUACGAUUAUAGCUGUGAAGAAGAACAUCGAACAAGUACAAGGGAAAGAUAACUAUCCAUGGGGACAGCAGUUGCUAAUUCACAAUGGAAAAGUUUUGAAGGAUGAAACCACACUUGAAGAGAACAAAGUUCGGGAAGAUGGUUUUCUUGUUGUCAUGCUUAGCAAGAGUAAAGCUGCAAGCACCAGUGGAGCUUCCCCUGCUCAGCCAUCGGCAACAUCUGUAGUCCAGCACCCUGCACUUAAAGAUGCUCCCUCACAAGCUCCAUCACAAGUGCCAUCAGAAGUUCCAGCACAACCCAUCGUGGCAGAUAAUUCAUCAAAUACACCAGCUAGAUCUCAAGGCCCAAAUGCAGAUCUGUCUGAUGCCCAAGCUGCAUCAAAUUUAGUUGAAGGGAGUAACAUGGAACAAACGAUUGACCAAUUGUUGGAGAUGGGCGGUGGCAAUUGGGACAGAGACACAAUUUUGCGUGCACUUCGUGCUGCUUACAACAAUCCUGAAAGAGCUGUGGAAUACCUAUAUUCUGGCAUUCCAAUAACAGCUGAAAUUGCACUUCCGGGCGAUCAUUUCCCUUCAUCUGUGGUAUCUUCUCAAGGUGCUGAUACAGCUGAUGUGGCUGCUGCAGGGCCUCUCUUUGGAGUACCAAAUUCCUCUCCUUUGAACAUGUUCCCUCAGGGCAAUAGUAAUUCUGAAGGUGGUGCUGGAGGUGGAUCUCUUGAUUUCCUCAGAAAUAACCAACAAUUCUUAGAAUUUAGAGCAAUGGUUCAUGCAAAUCCACAAAUAUUGCAGCCAAUGCUUCAGGAAUUAAGCAAACAAAACCCUCAACUGUUGAGAUUAAUACAGGAGCAUCAUGAAGAGUUUCUUCAGUUAAUGAAUGAACCUAUUGAAGGUCUUGAAGGGGAUCUGUUUGAUCAACCUGAUCAAGAUGAGAUGCCUCACACCAUAAGUGUGACGCCCGAAGAACAGGCGGCCAUGGAACGACUUGAAGCAUUGGGUUUUGACCGAGCACGAGUUAUCGAAGCUUUCCUAGCCUGCGACAGGAACGAGGAAUUGGCAGCAAACUAUUUACUUGAGCAUUAUGGAGAAGAAGAUUAAGGGUUUUGGUAUGUGCCAAGAUAAUUAUGAUCACAUGGAUUUUUCUGCUAAUUCACUCCCUGGAAUUUCGAAACAACCUCCAUCUGACUAUGCUCAUGCCGCUUCGCUUGAUGAUGAAUUAAUUGAUUGCUUGUUGGAGAAAUUUGUACUUUGAAGGUGAUAGAAAUUGUAUCAGGUAGGGUAAGUGGCCACCUUAUUCAUAGAUAUUCUUUCCAAAAAAUUUAACCAGUGGCGAUAAACUGAUGUUCAUCUUCGGCGGAUAAUGUAAACUUCUCUUCAUUCUUCACAUGUAUCUUUUCUUUUUUGAAACAUGAUGUUCUUCCUAAAUAUUGAUAUUGGCUGUAAUUUAAUUGUGAUUUAGGUCCA